UAGAAAUAGGGCCGGGCGGGCCGCGCCAGUCCGGGAGUCGCGCAGAGCCGACCUGAGCCACGCCGAGGGCGCCGAGCGCGGCGACCGACCCCCGGAGCACCCAUGCUGCUGACGCUGGCCUCGGGCUCGCUCUUCUUCCCGGGGCUUUUCGCACUCUGCACCUGGGGGCUGCGGCGCGCGCGGCCCGCCUGGAGCGACUCCGACUGCGUGAUGAUCAGCACCAGGCUGGUUUCUUCAGUGCAGGCUGUGUUGGCCACCGGGUCAGGGAUCAUCAUCAUCCGUUCCUGUAGCGACGUGAUCACGGACAGGCACUGGCUUGCCCGAGAGUAUGUCUGGUUCUUGAUUCCGUACAUGGUCUAUGACUCCUACGCUAUGUACCUCUGUGAGUGGUACCGAACCAGAGACCAGAACCGCGGACACUCCCUCGCCACCUUCCGAAACUUCCUGUGUAAAAACCGCCUCAUGAUCACACACCACGCAGUCAUUCUGUUUGUCCUUGUGCCAGUUGCCCAGAGGCUCAGGGGAGACCUGGGGGACUUCUUUGUCGGCUGCAUCUUCAUGGCAGAACUGAGCACUCCGUUUGUGUCGCUGGGCCGAGUCCUGAUUCAGCUGAAGCAGCAGCACACCCUUCUGUACAAAGUGAACGGAAUCCUCACGCUGACCACCUUCCUUUCCUGUCGGAUCCUCCUUUUCCCUUUCAUGUACUGGUCCUAUGGCCAACAGCAGGGACUAAGCCUACUCCAGGUGCCAUCCCGUAUUCCCUUCUACUGCAAUGUGGCCAAUGGCUUCCUCAUCGCUCCCCAGAUCUACUGGUUCUCUCUGCUGUGCAAGAAGGCAACCCGGCUCUUUGACAGCCUCCCAGGCAAAAAGGAUGGCUAAGUGCUCCUGGGGGUCAGGCAGUGAGGGUGCAGCCUCACGCUCACUACCGCCUCCACGCAGUAUUCCCACGGACCAGACUGUGCCCUGGCUGGCCUCAGGCUUUUGGGUAUUGAUGAGCAGCCGGGUUUGAGUUUUUCUAAAGGAUAGUCAUCUGAUCUCCCUCUUCUAACCUGCCCCUUUGGCCAAAGCACUUUUUUCUAAGUAACAGUGACUGGAUCCUGUCAGACCUCCACUGGCAGCAAGGCGGUUUUAAUGAAAAGCCCAAGGAUCCCUCCUUGGGUCUUACCUCCAGGGUUCUGGGAGGUAGAAGCAUGGGGUGUGGAGACAGGUAGACCAGGGUGCUAAGUGUCCGGGCAUCUGCCUGGCCCGAAUAUUGGCGGCUACCCACCUUUCCUACCACUCAGGGCAGCAUCUAUACUCACUGGACCAGCAGUAGCAAGUGAUGAACUCAGUUCUUGAAAUACAUUCUUGUGAUGUUGGCCUAGGAAAAUCAUUGUGGGUAGGUAGUUUUUUACUGUUUACUAGGUAACUCAUCCUGUCAUCCACGUGCCAACGUUGAAUUUCCGUGUCCACUGACUUCCAUUCAGAAGUCUUCCUGGCAGGGGAGCAAGAAGCAGGGAAGGGAACACUUGAGUGGGUCGGGAGGCCGAUGGGUCUGCGCCACUACAGGCUGAUGUGGGAAGACUAAUGUCAAACUUGUAAGCUUGUUGUCCCGUCACAAAUCCUAUUCCUAUCUUACGUCCCCUCAAACCCAGCUUUCAUCAUGUCCACACGCACAGGAUGCUGUUGUUAAAACUUCAGGGGUAAAGGGACAUGGUGCCUAGCAAGCUCUUUCCCAGGUAACCCCCCCCCCACUUUGACAUUGUCCUUUUCAUAGGAUGUGGAAACGGGCUUCUGUAUCCUAAACCAUGAGAGGUAUCCUCCAGGCUGCCUCCUGCUAAGCCAGAGCUUCUGUUACAAAGCCUGUUCCCGCAGAAGCGUACUGCCACCUUGCUACAGAAGGCUGGGGAACAAGAGUGCAAGAGCUCCCUGGCCAAAACAUGUCCUGUGGACUGACCCAUCUACCAUUUGCAGAUAGGAUCCUCUGGUGCCAACACUAAUUGUUCCUUAUCCACUAGGAUGGGUUUUUAGAAACUGCUACCAUGAGGUUUUUUGUUUUUCAAAUGGUAGUAAAAAUCUAGAAGUUUUAAAGUGCCUUUGAACUCACUGUUGUCCAUGAACUUGCAAAGUACUGAGUAUGUAACAGUGUCUCAAAUUCUAUUUCUGUCUUUAAUGGGUGCCAUUUAAAAAAUGUCAAAUGCUGUAAUUUUUUUUUUUACCGUUUUUGUUUACUGUCAGUCUGUCUUUAUAAAUCACCCCUGUGGUGAUUAAAGUGCACUAAUAUUUCCCA